AUACUGACUGUCUACGGUGGCCUGCACAUGGCAUUUCUGCCAACUUAGCAGACUGAGUGGAUGUCAGGUCCAGACCUGCUGGUGGAGCCUUUGUUAUUGUGCCUUUAUGGAACAGGAACGGGGCUGCAGGCUGGAGACGCCUGAGGAAAACUGAGGACAACAUGGAUCUGGGGAGAACUGAGAGCGCAGGGAGCUAAGAGCCAGCAUCGUCCAUCCGUCCGUCCGUCCACGCCGCCAUGCCUGCGUUGGAGGUGAUCUGCAGCCUGAUUGGCUGGCUGUGUCUCUACCUGUUGUUCUGCUUCGCCUUCUCUCAGCGAGGGCCUGAGUGGAACUGCCGCCUGGUCACUUUGACCCACGGGGUCGUCAUAGUGCUGCUGACUGCAUACGUUGUGUUUGUGGAUGGUCCGUGGCCGUUCACACAUGCAGGAACAGAAAACACUGAACUCCAGGUAUUUGCCUUGGCGGUCUGCCUGGGCUACUUCUUCUUCGACAUGGGUUGGUGCAUGUGCUACCGGAGCGAGGGGCCGGUCAUGCUGGCGCAUCACGUCACUAGCAUUCUGGGCAUCCUUCUGUCCCUGCUGAUGGGCGUGUCGGGCUGUGAAACCUGCGGGGUCAUCUUCGGCAGCGAGCUCACCAACCCCUUGCUGCAGACCCGCUGGUUCCUUCGCCAGCUGGGCCUGUAUGACAGUCUGCUUGGAGACGCCGUGGACCUGCUCUUCAUCUUACUGUUCGCCACAGUGCGGGUUGGCGUUGGGACUGUAAUGUUUUACUGCGAGCUCACCUCUCCCAGAACUUUGCUGAUCAUGAAGCUCGGCGGUGUGGUCAUGUAUCUGUUAGCGUGGGUCUUCAUGGUGGACAUAGCCAGGUUUUGCUACAAGAAAACUAAGGCCAAAUAUAAGAAGUGGAUGGAGAACCACAAGCUUACAAAUAAAGAAAAACUAGUUGGACAUUCAGACAAGAGUGACUGAG